GCCACCAUCUGUCACCUGCCUGCCACCUGCCACCAUGCGCUGUCUUGCCAGCCUGGCCCUGGCCCUGCUCUCCCUGGAGGCUGCCUUUGCACUGGCCCCAGCACUCUCCUUGCCAGGGCAGGCCAUGUGCCCAGAGCUCAGCUCCUCCGAGGACAACGCCUGCAUAAUCUCCUGUGUCAACGAUGAGAGCUGUCCCCAAGGCACCAAGUGCUGCGCCAGGAGCCCCUGCAGCCGAUCCUGCACGGUCCCCCUCAUGGAGCCUGUCCUGAAGGAUGGCCGCUGCCCCUGGGUGCAGACCCCGCUGACCUCAAAGCACUGUUUGGAGAGAAGCGAUUGCUCCAGGGACGACCAGUGUGAGGGCAACAAGAAAUGCUGCUUCAGCUCGUGUGCCAUGAGGUGUCUGGACCCCGUCACAGAGGACUCUCUUCAAUGA